AGAGAGAGAGAGACACAGAGAGAGAGAAAUCUGAAACUCUCAGAGUUCCAUCUAUCACAGCAUCCAUCCAGACAGGCCAGCCUUGUCCUCUCCUUAACCCAGGAUUAUAACCUCGAAGUCGGACAUGGACAAUGCCAAAGCCCCCGGCAACACAAUAGUGCUGGCGUUUAAAGAAGACACGGCACUGACAGAGAUGAUGCGUCUCCGCGUGUCGUCUCUGCAGCGCUCAGGGCAGAAGCGCCAGGAUGGCGAGCGCCUGCUUCUCUCCCAUGAGGCCGUGUAUCGGCUGGACUUCCCCACCCAGGAGCUCAACUUCUCUCGCUGGUACUUCUCCCUCACGGGCUACGGUCGCGUCACCAUCACCGGUAUCUCCCAACACUGGACCCCCGACCUCACCAACCUGAUGACCCGCCAGCUACUCGAGCCGAUCGGAACGUUUUGGCGAAACGCCAACGACCCGGAGGAUUCGCCGCUCAAGUGGCUGGAGGCGGACAUGCAGGAGUUCGGCGAGAGGAUUGCCGAGCUGGCCAAAGUCAGGAAGGUCAUGUACUUCCUGUUUGCUUUCAAGGAUGCUGCAGAGGCCGCAAAUCUCAGCUGCUCGGUGGAGUUCACGCCAGAAAAAUGACUCUUCGCUCUCUGUCAGUAGAGUCCUCUUAGUACUCAACAAGCAUUGCAAUAUUUUGUUCAAUCUUUGACCUUUUAACAACAUCACACUAGAGCUGAAG